CACACAGUACAUCAAGUCAAGAACAUGGAGUAGCUAUUUAGAUAAGUGCAAAUAGUUCAUCCAUUUAUUGAACAUCCGAUUCCUGUUAACGUCAACCGCCAGAUACAGCUGAAAGUGCUGAAAGUGCUGAAAGUAACGAAUAUUGAAGCUCGGCGGAAAUGAUGUCUCGGCAAUUGUUGCCAAGCAGGGUGACAUCGAAAAGACUGGUGUCAUAGGAUCGAUGUUAACGAGGUUGCAGUUUACGGGACGGAUUGUAUUACUACACUUUGCUGUUCUCCUUCCUUUUUCCCUUUGCUGCUUUUUAACAUAGAAACUAAAUCGUAUAUAGGAUACGAUCAAAGUAUGUCAGUUUUCCGUCGGCCUGAAGCAAGUUCCUAUGAUAGAAUAGAUGAACAGUUACAUACCGUAGGGUAUGAUACCCGCUGAGAAUUCUUAUAGACUAUAUGCGCGUGUCAUCAUCAUCAACCGAUAUAACCAAAAACUAGAUCCAGGACCGUUGCUAAUGCUCAAGAAAGGGAGCGAAAAAGAGAAUAUAGGGACAGAGACAGGCCCAACUGUCGCAUGGGCGCAGGUCCAUAAAGAACCUAGAGAGCAAUCGCUUUAGUGGCAAAUGAUUACCCAGGGAGCCACCGGCACUUGACCCGCUGACAAGCUAC